AAGGCGUCUUGCACAAUGUAAAUAAGACAAGAGAGGAUAAAUAUUAAAGACCAUUAUUGUAAGACAUGGCGUUGGGGGCACUGAUUGUGCUGUCACUGAUUGUCAGCUCCGUCUCCUCGGCGAGGAUUGCUGGCUUCAUAGCCUUUGGAGGAUCGCACUACAUUACCAUGAAAAAUGUAUUGGAAGAAUUGGCUUCUCGGGGCCACCAGGUAAAGCAGUCUCUACCUUUAUGAAACGUUAUUCUUUUGUCAUGUUCAAGUUUAAGAAUUGUGUUCCCACAAUCCGCUAAAAAUAAUUGUUUCAUUCGGAAAAACGAGCUGGAUAAUAAUAAAAUGAAAAUACAACUUUUGGACUCGACAUAUUUUAGUAGUCUAUACAGAAAAAUAUGCUCGUAAUACAAUGAUGGAUCACGUCCGUGCGGUCUAAACGUUGAAUUUCACGGGCACUGAAUGUAUUCAGGAAUGAAAUGCAUGUAAGUUCGAAGUCUUAAAGCUACUAGAAGACCAGUUCAUGUCUAUAAAUUCAAAAUAUUUCAAUGGAACAACAAUAACCCGUUUCGCAGAUGUCACACAAUGCUUGCAAUUAUUCGUAUUUUUCAAACAGACCAAAAAGACACCACUUUAGUGACGUCACGUCAUACAUCGGUGAUUUUCAAAAUGGCGGGCAAAUAUUUCUUGUUCGUAAUACGUUGCAAAGGAUGUCAAUUUCCCGAAUGUUUGGAUUCAUCUUUUGCCUUCUUCAAUAACGCGGACCAUUUGAAAAAUAACAUGGAAAUAUUCGCGAUAAGGUUCAGUCGGAAAAAGUUUCAAAAGCAUCACAUGAGGCAAAGAAAGGUACCGCGAAGUGUCUAUAAAUUGGCACAGUUUGUAUGAUCGUUUAUCGCUUUCGGGCAACGUGCGAGGUGGUGUGGCAAUAUCCUGAUCUCAGAAUAGGAGGAUUGGUAUAUGAUACAUUGAGCUUAAUGUACGCUGAGUUUCAGCGAGCCAAAGUGCGUAGUUCUUCUCAUCCAUCCCUUUAAAGUCGAUGGAAUGAAAAAAUGUGGAGACGACAUAUAUGUAAUCUGCUUACAUCAAGUCACUACCCGCUGCAACAGGUUGUCAGUAAAUAAAGAUCAGUGGUAAGUUUUGAAAUUUCCUCGUUUACUUCUAACAAGCAUAUCUUGUGCAUGAAUCAACAUCAGGAAAACGUAAUUUUUUGAGUGGCAAAUAGAUAGCUCCUGAAAUACGUGCAGGUUAUAAAAUUAAUGCAGUGUGCGACAAACGCAGACUGCAGACUUGCAGACUGGCAGGUAAACGAGAUAAACAUCGUUGUCGGUGAAAUACUCAAACAGAUUCCCUAUCCCUAAACUAGACUUGAAGUUUAGCGAUAGAGAAUCAGUUAGAGCAUUUCACAACAAUGUUUAUCUUGUUUACCUGCCAGUCUGCAAGUCUGCAGUCUGCGUUUGUCGCACACCAAAAUUAAUGUUCAGGAAACGGCUGCAAACGGUUAGACUUCAACAGUCUCUCCUGCUAGUCUAGAAUCUAUGUGCAAUUGCAUUUUACAAUAUUAACUGCAAUAUUCCAUUAAAACAUUUUUGACCAGGGGUGCAAGGAAUAAUCUCUGUUGUCAAAGUACAAAAUAUUAAAAUCAACAAAUUAAUACUAAUUAUUUUUAAUUAAGAACACUAUAAUUAUGAUAGUGUUCAAGUUUAUGUAUACAAACAGAAAUAGAUUUGAUGCAUCUUUUGUGAAGGUUAUUGUUUUAUUCACUUGUUGAAACCAAUCUGUGCAACAGUCAAUCCCAAUUGUUCAGGAAGUAUUGUUUCCCCAAAUUUUAAAGUGGAAAAAUCAAUUUCAAGCUUUUUGUAAGAGCCGUUGGGGGGCAGCCAGUGAGGAAUAACACGACAUGGUAUGAAUGGUAGACCUUCCUGAAUGGCCACCCAAAGACGAUGGUUUCCUUCAAUGAUAUAGGCUUUUCCAGUUGUAAGAUCACUGAUAUAAUUAUUGAUUCUUGAAAACCAUUUUUCAAAAUAAAACGUCUUACUUGUUCAAGAUGAUCGUGAUUAUUGCCAGCUUUUGGCAUGAGAGAUCUGUCAAAUUCCCUAUAUUCCCAAAGAUCUAGUGCUUUGACCAUUUGAAAUUCAUGCGAAUAAUCAAAUGCAUCAGUAAUGUAAGAUUUGGUCGACAUUGCAUGUUUUUCACUUUCUGUGGGUUCAUCAAGUGUCAGAAAGAACAUAUUUCAUUAUCAAUUAAUGGUUGAAAUGCUUUUGCAAGAUCAUCAUCACUACUGUCACUGUCAAUUUCUGUAGUCAUGCUCUUAAUCAACUCUUUAACGGAUUUACACUUUGACUUUUUUUUGCCACCUCUAAUGUCUGAAGUUGUUUCUGUUCUUCCAACUUUUUGAUUUUUUGGUGGGUGCCUCUCAGGUGUUUAACCUUGCUUAGUAGGCGUUAAAUCAAUUCGUUUGAAGCUUUUUAUUUCAAGUACACAUGUGUCUUGCUCAUGUGUGACAGAGUGUUCACUCUCUUCAGCCUCAGCAUAAUUUUCCAUGCUAUAAUCUGAUACAAAAGUUAUUGGCACUGACUCUGUAUUGUUGCAGUGCUGUAGCAAGAGAUCCUUUAGGUCUGCCAGUUUAAUAUUUGUUGGUGUGGAGAUGUUAUGAUAAUGGAGAAUUGCUCUGAUGUUGUCAAGUUUAACUUUGUUGUCAGGUAAUGAGAGCAGAACUUUGUGUUUGUUUAUGAUGUCUUUCAUGAUUUCAUUGUUGUUGGAAUGAAUUGGCCUAUAAAAUGUUGUUGAAACACCAUCAUUAUUUGCAUGAUGGUUACAUUUGAUCUUUUCAAACAUCAGCAAGUAUAGACUCUCCUUUUCUGGAAAUAAUGGCCUUGAUCCAACAAAAGUUGCUUUGCCAUUAUUCCACAAACCAUUAUACACGUACCAGCCACUUUUAUUUCUCUGAGUUGAAUACACUUCACAAAAGUAGUGAUGGGACUUCAGAUAAACAAUUCCUGAAAUUCGGUAUGUGCAGUGAUUAACUUCCGUGUUGCAUUUGCUGUCUACUGGUAAACUUGGAAUAAUUUUUUUAUGCUUUUUACUAGGAUUGUGUGUGCACCCCACAAAAAUAUAUCAGGUGAGUUUACAACAGUGGUUGAUUGUUGUAUGGGGGCAUUACAAGUGUCACGCUGAGGAAUGAUGGCACAAUCAGAGUUUGCACUAAUUGCCAACACUCAUUGUCCAUCAGGACAGAGGAUUUUGAAAGUCCUACAAAAAUGGUUAAAGUUAAUUUAUGUUGUAUAACUUUAACAAUAUUGAUAAAUUCUUGGGAUUUCAAGAGGAAGUGAUUAUCUAAAACAUCAUUGAUACUAACUGGAAAAGCACUAUGUGUGUAGUUGCGGCAAGAAUUGUGACUUCCAUUCACGUUGGCAUAAGCUUGAGCAUAGUUGGUUUUAAAUGCAAAUCUUUCUUUUAGAUGAUUUGGCAUUGUUUCUGUAAGCCUUUAUAUAAUGGAAUCAAGGGCAGCCUCUUUCCCAUAGGCAUAAUAAGUAUAGCCAUGAAUAGUAUUGUCCCUUAGCCGCCUCCACAAGUUCAUUUUGCUGUCGCGAAAUUUUUUAUUUUCCCUUAACACAAAUGAACUGAGCAGUUGUGUGAGGCCUUCCCCUAGAUUACUGUUUGGAGGACAAUUUAAUUGAUGCUUGAAUGCAUGAUAGGCUACUUCAAGAAAAGUGUCUUGAUGGCAGCUGUUAUGUAUGCCAUUAGAGCCAUACUUGUAAGACUGGUAUGUAGCUAAGGCAUUACACGUACUUGUCCUCUUUAACCGUACCUCACAGGGAUUAAGUUUACACUUCCCACGGUUCGCAUAUAUGCCAAAUGUGACGUAUUUUACGCCAAAAUUGUUCGGAUGACUCCACUGAGGUUACGGAGGGAGUCACUUCGACUCCAGAAAUUUUCGGUAACAAAUACAGUUUUGUCCUUACCUUUUUCGCAACAAAUAUAAUUUACGUUAAUUGUAAACGUUUUAGACCUUAAAUAAAUCAUCGAAAUUAAAGAAUUAUACUACACGAGAAAACAGCAAGAGGGUAAAUUACGGUCAAAGUUAACUCGAUGACCGCCAUCAUGGAUUUGAGCUUUCCAGGUCAGCGGACCGCCACUUCGUGUAUCCCUCACGAUAGUGUAUACAUGACGGGAGCACCUGCUGGAACUCCAAAUAUCUCCAACAGUUGUGAAGCAGAAGUCACACUGACACCACUCAUCAGUAAAAUUUGCAAACCCUGCUUCCAAUCAUCUUCCUUACAGCCCUGUCAUUUCCGAGGUAUUUUUGUUUUUUGUUUUUGAUUAUUGUCAUUAGGCACACGUGCAAAUUUCUUCAGGUCGUCAUGAGAAAGAGCAUCUGGUGUUACUAGUGAGUUUGAAAUGAAUUAUAUGCAAGGGCUUGUCAAAGCAAUUUCCUUACUCUUUUGCUUCAACCCAAAGACAUCUUCAUGCCAUGCUGGCUCAAAUUUUCUUGAUGCAAGGUCCUAAAAUUUAUAGAGGCAGUUUAGAAGCAAUUCUAUGUAUGAAUUAUCCCUUUCUAUGAGAAAGACUUUAGUGCCAAUUGGUGUCCAGACAACAUAGUGACAUUGUUUUGUUGAUGUGCAAAACAUUUCCAACAUGAUUUGGGGUAUAUGAUUAAUGCAAACAUUUUUGUAAGGAAUAGGUUUUCCUCCCAUGAAAGGGCAUUUUAUUUCAAUAACAGUUUUUAAAAUUCCAUUGUAUUCAAUUAUACCAUCUGGAGAGGAUCCUAACCAUUCUUGGUUGUCUCCAUCCUUCAAAAGCCAAAUUCCGCUUUCUUUUAUAACCACUCCAUCUUUGUCCUCCGGAAAGAAGUUUUUACUUCGGCGGAGCGCGAAGUAAAGGACUCGCGACGCUCAGGAAUGUAUCAAAGUUGCAAUUUUUGGACAAGAUUGGGCAAGCAAAGUCUGUGGGUUUUCAGUUCUCUUCGGCUAUUUGACGCCGAAUUAGUUCGAGAUAUCUCGAGAUCACUUUGAUUUCUUUGAUAUACUCUUUAACUUUUUCGAGGAAGAAAGAAUUAUUAUUUUUGCUUUCUCGGGGUUUGAACCGACUCACCUGUGUGACCCGUCAGAUCAGAGGAGACUCAAAGUUGAGGGAUUAGCCGAUUGCGCUACUGCGACCCAAGGUAGUUUGGAUAUGAAAAAUAGUUAUGAAAUGGUGCACUAGUUUCGGGACAAGGUUGGGCGUGAAAGUUCGUGACUUUUCGGCUUGUUUCAACUAUUUCACGAAAUGAGACCGGACUACUUCGUGAUAUCUUGAGAUCACUUCGAGUUUAGUCUUUAAUUACUCGAGGAAUAAAUAGAGGAUAUUUCGUGGCCGCGCAGCGACACGAAAUUUCUCUUCGAGUGUUGAAAAACAUUUCACGAGUGAGCCCUCCGUUCGACCUGUUUUAUGAUGAAUUUAAAGUUACAAAAUGCUGCACAGACAUUUUGUCUUUGUUGAGUGUUACGUAGUAAAAUUUCUUUCAUGCGUUGCGUGACUUUCUCCAACGUUCUCUACGUUUUUGGAUUAUUUAUGAAUAAUUAAUUAGGGCAUGUUUACAUUUCAGCCUGAGUCAGCAGAUUUGCAUCAGUUACUGAAAUCAUAAAAUAUGUCGAAAAGCUACUACUAUUCGCCUGUUUGGUAUUUUCUAGAACCUUAUGUCAAACGGUAUUCAAGUUCCAAGCGAGUUCUUUUAACGAACUAAGUUUUUUCCCACGAGCUGGACUGCUAUGUUUAGUCAAGUGUGACGAAGGUCGAUUUUCAGGUUCUGUGUUUACAAGUUCGCGGAAGCCGUAAGAUAUCUGAAGUUCAAGUGGGAGUUUGUUAUUACUGGUAGAGGUUGUUUAGUUUUACUCAAAGUUCAAGUCAAGUUUGUGUUGGCGGAUGCUGUGUUUUAAAGCUCUGUAAAGGUUAUGUUCCUUUGGUGUUAAACUUCCUUGUGUUAAUCCGACAUCCCUGCGUGCUGAUAGCCAGUGAAUAAUUUUCCUCAAAACAUUGGAACUCGUGACUUUGAGUUUUAGCCAAUUCCAUGCUUAACGCAAUUGACUCCUUACCCAUGCCUUACAUAUCUUUAAUCAGUACAGGAGACUGCUAUGCUGUUUUUAAAGCCUGAUGUGACUAAGAAAAAUAGAGAAUUGUUUUUUUAGAAGGAUUUGUAUGGCUAAUAUCUUGGAGACAAUUUGUCCCGAAAUGCUAUUUUUUGGCAAGUAGGCCUCUUGGAUGUUGCUCUUUUCAGAAUAUCCUGACAAAUCCCAUAAUUUCACAAAUUAACACCUUACUCUUACCAUAUUUGAUUUCUUACUAUUCCUCCGCAUUUACAAUUAAUUAGUUCCACAACCACGACGCCGAAGUGUACGCUCCGUAGCGUCUUGUUAAGGUAAGAUAUCUCCACAACAUAGCAAGAUUUGAUUCAUCUGAUUUAGUAGGCAAGCCAUGCAAAUCACUUAAAAUUUGAUUCCAGUAGUCAAGCGUUGCCUUUUUGCCAUACCAUCCAAAGGCAGUUGAAGCCUUGCUUCCAUUAAUUUUUCCUUUGGGAGAAUUAAACCACUGACCACUCCUCUGUCUGUAGAACUGAGGGUCAUCAUCACGAGGGGGUGGUGUAGGAAUGGGUUGAUAACAUUUAAGAUCAUUGACACUCUUAGAUGUUAAAGUACCUAACAGCUUUGCCAGAGAUGUACUAGCAGGGUACCAUGUGUGCUUUAUAGCUGGAGGUUUGUUUUGCUUGAUUUUAGACAAAUGCUGUGUUUUGUCACUUUUAUUGGGGCAUGCUGAUCGUAUGUGGCCUUGCUGUCCAUAAUAAAAGCACUUCUGUUGUGCCAACCACUCUGGUUCAUGUCCUUCAGGGCACUCUGCUGCCCAGUGACCUAGCUUGUGGCAACGAAAACAGGUGUCUGUUGGUUGUGCUGUGGAUGAUGUCUUUCCUGUGCCCAGGUUUGUUCGAAAUUUUUUCAGCAUUUGUCUAAUUGCAGACUCAUCCUCUUCAUGUCUGGGUGCAAGCCCAUCUUUUGCUAAAUAUGUAACACACCUUCUCUUUGUGAAUUUACAAACAAAUGUCCACAUGCAGAAAGAACUUGACAGGAUGAAAUGAUGAAAUGUUUAAUUUUUGUAAUAGCUCUUUCCAGUAGAAACAGAGGGCAUUUUCCUCCUUCAAUUUUUCUAUUGCUUUCUGAAGCGAGGUAGGGGACCAGUUGCCGCUAAAGAAAGAAGAUCUUAUGAAGUAGUCAAGUUUUCUCGCAAAUAACAAAACAUGGGGAUGAUUCUCUGGCAUGAAGGGCAGUCAGUGUGGGUUGUGAAUUUCUUAAAAGUGUGGUUGGGCAGAAGAGAUCGAUGUAUUCUACUGUCUGUUUUACAUGUCUAGACAGCUGUUGCUUGUCUGCAGCAUUGUGAAAGGUUUCGUCAAAUUCCCACCUGUCAUUAAUGACACUGUCAGAAUCUAGCUUAUCAGCAAAUGAUUCCCAACCUUCUUUUUCACUGAAUACUGUUGUGUUUUCGCCAGAUGAGGGUUUUUGUUUUGAUAUAGAAGUGAAACAAGGUUGGGAAAAGCUGUUAAGUCAUAAGAGCCAAAAUUUCCUUGAAAGUCUUUCAUUUCUGAGGACAGAAGAAGUUCGGUUUCUAGGGAGGCAGAUGACUCAAAAAAUUGUAGUGUGGUUGGUUUCCCCCCUGAUAUUCUGGCUCAUUGUAAUGAAAAGUAAUUUUCCACAUCAUCCUGACACAUUGUUUUAUGUAUAAUGUGUAUUUCUGGAUGGUGCAUCUGCACAUACUGGACAACGAACAGAAAAGCCCAAAUAGUUCUUUUGAGAUCUUUAUAUGUUAUUCUUGGUAUAAAUUGCUUCCAGUGGUCUUUUAAACUGUUGGUUGAUUGCAAACGUUUUUGUUUCAACUCCUUGUACCAGGUGUCAAACCACAUCAUAAUAGAUAUCAAUUGUUUAUAGCUUUCAGGAUCAACUUCUGUAUUGUUGUUAAAGAUUUGAAACAAUUUGUGGCAUUUCCUUAGGUAUGCCCGGGUUCCAACUGUAUCUUCUGGUGGUAAUGGUCCCUUUUGUAUGUCUAAUGCCACAUCAAGAGAACACACAGUAACAGCUCUCUUAACACUCAUUUUUGUUCAGGGUGUUAAUUUUAUGUUUCCAGUUCAACUUUGUCAUACGGCGUUGAGCAACAGGUAUCAAAUGGUUAACUGUUACUUUUUUCCCCUGUGCUUGAACCUGACCAUCAGGAUUAACUAAAAAAUUUCUUAGUUUUUUAAUCAUAUGUGGGUUAUCAGUAAGCCACCAAAUUGGUUUGUUGUCCUUAAAUGGAUUGUAAGUCACCCAAUUCUUUGCCCCGCUCCUACUAAAGAAAGCAUGAGAGUAUGAUGAGCUAUCAGAAACACCACAGAGAACCUCUAUUUUUUUCCCACUGUCUAAUAAUUAGACAGUGGGAAAAAAAUAGAGGUUGUCUAUGGUGUUUCUGAUAGCUCAACAUACUCUCAAUUUAAGACCGCCUAUUGUCUCACAGACUUGCCAAACAAGGGUAGAAAGAAUUCUGUGGUUGAUUUUGUGUUAGGGAAAGGAGGCAACUGGCCAAUAAAAGUCCCCUUCUAAUGAUGAAAAAAGAACUGACAAACAAGUUUGGCUUUUUUUGAUGACUGAGAUUCUUUAACAUCAAGUAAUGGAGCUUCAGAACUGGAAUAUUAUUCCUGUUAAGAUGCACUAGAAAAUUGGGAAUCUGAUGACUCAGAGAAACUGUCACUGUCAUCGUCUUCAUUAUCAUUAAGAUUUUCAGGUUCUAUGGUGAGUUCAGGACUGAUAUUUAAGUCCUCAAAUCCAACCAAUUCUCCCGUCCGUUUACAUAGUAAAAUCCCUUCCUUUAUUGCCAUUUCAUCCCAGUGAAUACCUCCAAUACUCUUACAACCCUUUCUGGUCAUUUCUUGAACCAGUGUUAAAUUAUCCUGGGAGAUUGGGCUUGUUGUACUUGUCGCCUGCCAAUAUUGUUUGAUGGUUUCCCAGGACAGAAUUAGAAGAAUGCUUCGGACCACCUCCUAGCCUUUUUUGUGGCAUUUGCUUGCUAUCAUGCAGCUCCACUUUAUCACAAGAGGGUUAUAUCUCAUACCUUUAGGGUGGGACUUUUGUUUAUUUUUGGUAAGUUUUCCUUGCUUUGCAAAUUCGUCCUCCUGUUUCUUCAGUGAGGUUAAAGUGUCAGUAAGUAGAGCAUAGAGAACAGAAGUUUCAACAAGCCAAUGAUUUUCAAUGGCAAUAUCCAUUAGUUUAGCAAGGUCAGAUGAUUUGGGUUAAAAAUUUUUUGGUGCUUUCACAUUUUCUGUUUCUCUUUUAGGUACAAACUGUAAUAUCGUUUUGCUUUUUUUGGCUUUGGGCAACCACUUUGUGUAGAUUUUUUGCUUUGGCUAUGAGUUCAGCACGUGAAAGAGUACUGAGUUUAGUGUGUGAAUCAUAGGCUGUUUUAGACUCAAAUGAUUCAGAUGAAGGUUUUGUUUUCCAACGAAAGCAAGAUCGUAAAAUAUCUUGACAUUUGUUGCAUUUGGUUUCUGAAUGGACAGGUAGUUUGUAGGUGCAAUUUAAGCUCCUGAUGCACUUGACAAUCUCUCCAUCUACAUUUGCUCCUUUUGCAUCCCCAAAGUAGAAAUUUGUUUCCCUUUUUCUUUCAGCCAUAUCGACAAGGGCUGGAUCAUAUAUACCUGGACAAACCGCUAAGUUUUCAAUAGUUUUAAGCAUGACACCCAAAGCAGAGUUUAAUACAAUCUACGUUUUCUUGAAAAAGAUUGUGUGGGAGUUCCCCACGGUCAAUUUUGUUACCCAAGAAUUCUACUUUAAAUGGACUAAAAUCCUUUGAAGAAAAUGUUUUUAUUUCGGAAGGAAGAAAAAGGGUUAACUCCUUCCACUUGGUUAUUACAACACCUUUUCCGAUAUUUGGAACAGAAAAAGUCUUCAUGGUAUUAUCUGUAGUGUGCCAUGAAAUAGCUGUUUGAAAAACUGUAUAAACUGGCAGAGGUGAUGACUGUACUUCAUUGUCAUUUCCUGCAUCGACUGGUUCUCUUGGAGCAGUUUGUAUCAUUAUUUCAUUCAACACAUCUGUAAAAAUACCUGCUUUCAAGUUUAAAGCAUCAGACACAGCAAAUUCUCUAUCCAAGACCAUUUUUUCUGAUAACACAUUGGCUUGUCCUUUAGUUAAAUUAAUAGUUGUUUCUUCAAAAAACUCAUGCUUGUUGCUGUCAUUAUCUGUUGUUAUUGUGGAAAUUGAACUACCUUGUUUUCGGUGGAAGAUGUUUUGAGCUUCUUUGUACUCAUGCUCUAUUUUAAUGCAUUUUAAAUAGAAAGGCUGACAUGACAUGCAUAUGUAGUCUGGAAUAGUUCCGUCACAAGGAUCUACACUAUACAAGUCAUUAUGUAAAUCAGUCUUAUUGCCAGUUCUUUCAUCCAAAAAAUUGCAUCCCACUGAAAACGUAUUUUUAGAAUUAUUUAUGUGGUGUUUCUUGCAGGGAACAUCACUAGUCAGGCAAACCUUGUUGCCGCAUUGUGAACAAGUCACUAUACAUGGUGUAACUUUCAGGAUGCCCAGCUGGGCAUCGCUGCUUGAUCUAGUGGAGCUUUUCCCCUUAGGAGGUUUAUGCCCUCUUGGUGAUAAACUGCUGUAAUGUUUAUCACAUACCCUAAGCUCUUUGAGAUUUUCAGGUGUAACAUCAUCAGGGGCACAUUUCAGUUCAUACCGCCCAACCAUACUAUCAAAUUUUCUUGAUCCUGCCUCAUUUUCACAUCCCUUCAGACAGCAUUGUACACCUUCCAUCAAUCGCACAUGUAUAAAAACUGUUCCUCUUAUUUUUUCCAAAGUAAAAAAUUAAAUAAAGGCUUUCCACAGCAUGAAAACCAGUACAAAUCACUUAUUGUGGCAUAUGGUGCAAAAGUGAGAGUGUGUGGCUUGCCUGUUAUAUCAACAACUUGAAUUGUUGUUAUCAACCUUUUAGAUCUUAUCAACAUGCUAAAGAGGAAACCAGGGUGAUGCAAUUCAAGCAGUUUGGCACAGGGAUAACUUAGAAGUACACCAAAUGAGAGACAUAAAAUUGGAAAAGGGAGUGGCAUUUCUGUACAGGAUCUGGAACUGGCAUCAAAGGUCUCCCCAAAUAUAAUAAUAGUCACAACAUAUAAACCCACAAAGAAUGAAAAUGGGAGUGCAGAAAUUAUCACCAAAAAAGCUGCAGUUGCCAAGUAAACAGGAUAUUGAAGCUCACAUUUUAGAGAACAAUAUAUAUUAUAUAUAUUUCAGUAAGAACCAUGAGAAAAAAAAAAGACAGAUGGUCUUUAGACAGGAGAAAAAAAGCUGUGAUUUUAAUCUCCAAAAAUAUUGUACCAGUGAAGAGUUGAAUUGAGGCUUUACAUGUAACAAAAUUUUGUAAACUGGAUCAAUCAAAGAUAGAAAUAAAAAGUUGAUCUAUACUUGAUCAUUUGCCGCCCUCAAAGAAACCAUGCACAAUACUUUCCUGCAAAACAUAAAAGUCAGUGUAAAAAUAAUGGUGGUUAAGGCUAAAAGGGAAACAAGGAAGUUUGAGAGGUUGAAGUUUUGAAUUACACUCACUUUGAAGUGCGUAAUAUGAAAGGACAAAGCAGAGGAGACCACCAUUUUUACUACAUGCAAAGUUUUACUUUGUAACUCAAAAGAGGGAGGGAAUUGUGUUUCCAAAAAAAAGGGGGCUUUGAAGGGAUGCAGAGAGCACAUGGAAGGUUUGAAAGGCCUGGGAAAGAUAUUGAAAUCACUGCAAAAACAAUAAUUAUGGACACACAGAACAGCCAUCACAAGAUACACAAUCUUAUGAUUGUGAGGACUAAAAAGCCAAGCAAUGUCAAAAUAUAAAUCAUACAACAAGAAUCCCAGUGUCAAAUAUGUACACAAUGAAAUAUUUUUAUUCAUCAUGAUGUUUUCUUCUUUUAAAGUAAAUAAUUGUAUAGAUUUAUUUUUUUCUAAGCUUGCGAGCGGGCGGGAUCCUUCAAAUCCUGCAAUCUGAUUGGUUCCGAGAGCGGGCAGUUUUUUACGAUCUUGCCCGCUAACCCGGGCGGAAUCGUUGGCAGCUUCAUUCACAAGUUUGUUUGUUGUUGUGAAUGAGCAAAACCGGUCAUCUUUAACCAUUUUUCUUUUGAAACGUGCGCUAUUAUUAGUGUUAGCUAGGGAAAAGUGGAUUUUGUCAUUCAGACAAAACAUCUGAAGGGAGAAUCAAGCAAGUCAGCUAGGAAAACCGCUAAAGUAAAGCACAACAGGCGGCUCGUGAUGUCGCUUCACUAGUUUUAUAACCUACGCUGUAAGUACUGCAAUCUUGCUCUUAUGCAGCGUUUAUUCGACGUUUUUCCUCUGUUUGUAGGUUUGUUUUCCUUUUCUGCUGACUGAAUCUAGAUUCUGCCGUUUUUCAUUGAAUUUCGCCACGGUAGUUUUCUACUUUUCAGAAAAGGUUGUUGUCGACGAUUGCAUAUAGCUUUCAAUCUUGAAUAAACAACACGGACAACUUUUCCAGCAGUUGGUUAUCGCCGUUUUUAUUUCUUUGUUUAUAUACUUGUUUGGUAUGUGUAAUUAGCUCUUUUUAUAAAGCCUAUGUGCAGUUUUUAUCCCGCUCGAUUGAAUAAAUCUUAAAGUAAAUAUUCAGCCGAAGAAAAUCUUUGAUGUAUUUUCUUUCCUGUGGCUUUUAAGUUCGUCAAUUCUUUUAUCCUUGUUUGACACUCAGGUUAUGAAUUGUCUAAAAAGACACAAAAACCUUUCUUUAUUCUAAAAGAGAGCUUAAUUUUGAUAAUAUAAAUUACAAGUUAAAAAUCAUGUUGUAAUGUUUUGUUUUGGUUUGCAAUCGAUCGCGCGCUUUGAAUAAACAUCAACACGAACGCGCCCUUCUUCAACACACAUAGGUUGGAGGCUGAAGUUAAAUUUUCCUGAAACUUUUCAGUAGGAAAAAAAUAAAAAUGUUAUUCACGGGCCUAGGUCGGUCCGUAUUGGGAGAAACUGUGCCCUCGGUCUGAGUAGCCCAGUUAUGCUUAGAAAACUGCAUACAAACCCUUCUAAAUUCUUUUGGGGUCGACCCAAAAAAAAUAAUGCAGUUAUAGACAGCCCGUGUACACCCAAAAGAUCCCCCACGAUUUUUGGGGGGAGGAGGGUAGUAAGGUUGAGCCAACCGGAAUUGGAAAUUGUUUUCUGUUGUGUGUCUAUUGAUUGUCAAAGAAUAGCCCAUUUUACAGUUACAGGUGGAAACGAGGCUUGACCUUGUUUUGAUUCACCCCUCCUGCUUAGUUGUUCUUAGGCUAAUUAGUAUUUUGGAGCAAAAUUUACAUUUGAGAAGGUAGGAGGUUUGUAUCAAAACAAGGUCAACCUCAGACUUAGGUUCACUCAAAGGCUAGGACACUAAGCACACAACUGUAAAAUGGACCAAUGGCCUAUUCACACUUUCGCGAAAUUAAAUACGCAUGGAGAUUAGUUAGGACAAGGUGGUCUUAUCUAUUUUUCAUUAUUUAUUAAUUUGUUUACAUCAUUUUAUUUAUUUCUUCCAUCCGUAGCCGAGGUUUAUAAUUUUAUUUUAUAUUAUUUAUUUUAUAGGUAUCAGUACUCGUUCCAUCCUCCGAAAAAAUCAAGGAAGGUGAUGGGAUAGAACACAACAUUUACCAGGUGCCUCUCAAACCUGACUACAUGGACGAUUACAUACGGCUUGUAAUUGAGGGAUUUUGGAAACAGGGAAUGGUGAGGUUAAUGGACUCCCAAAAGGCCUUAUGCGAAGGUGCUUUAAACAGCACGGAGUUUCUGAAAAAAGUGCAAGAUUAUGACUUGCUUGUUUACGACAGUCCCACAGCGAUGUGCGGUGUGCUGGUUGGGGAACUCCUUAGCAUUCAGCGAGUGCAAAUUUUGCUCUCAGCACUGAACUCCCCGUUAGGUUUUGACCACAUGAUUCCCAUGCCUGUCUCGUACGUUCCUCGUCUCUAUUUGGGAUUUUCUGAUAAAAUGACAUUUAUUCAACGAUUUAUCAAUUUGGCUUCCUACCUUGGUGAAAAGCCUUUGUUUGACAUUUUGUUCGGUGGUAUGAUGAAUAGCCUCAAAGUAAAGUACAACAUUAAACCUGAUAGAACUUACCAGGAAGCAGUUGGUGAUGCUGAACUGGUUUUGAUUGCAGGAGAUUUUGCGUUGGAGUAUCCUCAGCCUUUAUUGCCAGGUUUGAUAUAGGCUAGUUACCAUUUGUACGGACAUUCAUGAUCAAGUAAAAAAUUUCUAACAAAUAAUAGUGGUAUAUUCUUUCGCAUCGAAAACACAAAAACAGGAAAUUUCUCGCUUUCUCUCGAAGGAAAGCAUGGUACUCUGGUAAUCCACGCAAAUGGUGCAGAAAGGUUUUGGUCGUUUUGGUAAAAGCGAGAAAAAGUAAUACCUCUGGUAGUAUUACCUUUUCUCCGCAAAAGUUCCAUCGGGAUGAACUUUUCCAUUUAAAUUCUCAGCAGAAUUACCAGGUUUUCCCUAAAAAUGGUAGGCAUUAAUAAUGUCUAUCAUAUAACAAAACGUGUUGAUACCGAUUGCUGGGAAAGGAAUAUGCCAGAUUGCUAUUACUGUAGCUAGAUUUCUGCAAAGAAUAUCAUUUGAUAUGAACAUAAACUUAACCUUAAAGUCGGUUUCUGACGUGACGUGUAAAAGUAAAUACAGGUUCCACAGCAGAAAUCCUUAUAGCCUCCCACGCACGCGUUUUUAGGGGAGCUCGUCUUUCAACACUUCCCACAAGCGCCUCCUCAACCGACAACAACAUUCCCUUCCCAUUGUUUUAUUUGCUUGGUAAGUGACCAAUCAACAGUUGUGCAAUAAAGUGUUGACAGGCUAAACGCGACUAAAACGUGACCCUAGAGUUACCGUUUUCCUUCUUUUAUUUCCUUCGCUGAGGUUAUGCAGUGCAUGGAGUAUUCUAAAAUUUGACAAAAUCUUAUUUUUGCCGCUCUUAAUCUAACAUUUAUUAGAGGUCAGAAAGCUUUCCCAGUGUUUCUUGCAGAUCAAGUAAUACACCUUUCUACCGAUACGGCGGUCAUAUUGAAUUAAUUCGAUUUAAGGAGUAUUAUAGGAUGCCCAGGGGGCAUGAGCACAUUUCGUUUGUAUUUUCGAGCGCUUUUCGGGACCUUUUUUCUUAAAGUUUUCUUAGAAUAAGAUUGUAAUGGGAAAAAAGACCCUUGUGCCGUGUUUGGAUGUAAUACUGAUCGCCUUUUUCUAGUUUAGUAUUAGAAAUAUGGUCUUUCACUGUAUAUUUCUCGGGAAAAAGGCGAUCAUUAUUACAUCCAAACACGCCACAAGGAUCUUUUUUCCCAUUACAAUCUUAUUCUAAGAAAACUUUGCGAAAAAAUGUCCGGAAAAGCGCCUGACAAUACAAACGAAAUGUGCUCAUGCCCCUCAAUAUGGCCGCCGUAUCGGUAAAAAGGUCUAUUAUCAGAUUACCUUUCGGUCAAGGUCAACUUUCCAGAAUUUGGAAAGUACAAUGUGAUUGGCUAGGCAUGGGAAAGGAAUGUUGUUUUCGGUUGAGCAGGCGUUUGUGGGAAGGUAUGAAAAACGAUCUCCCCUAAAAACGCCUGCGUGGGGGGCUAAAAUCCUUAUAGCUUACCAUUAAGAUAGGGUAGUUUUCUUCAACAGGAAUCCAUAUGAUUGGACCCCUGAAUGUCAAAGAUACUGUUAAACCUCUACCACGUGAUCUAGAAGAAUUUGUUAGCAAUUCAAAAGGACAUGGUUUUAUCAUUGUUUCCUUUGGAUCAAAUGUGGCUUCUAUCCUUCCUAGAGAAAUUGUAGACAUGCUUGCAACGGCGUUUGGAAAGCUAAAACAACUUGUGGUGUGGAGACUUACAGGUAACUUAUUCUCGGCUUCAUUCUCCUUGGUGAAAUGAUAACGUUAACCCUAACUGUUCAUGUGCGUAUAUAUUUCCCACAUAUCCAUCUAGCGCCGCGUUCAUCAAAGCAACGAGCUAUUUGGAUGCAGUUUUCACUUCUUUUGAAAGUUUAAUGUCCCUUCUUUUUGAUUUGGGGUGGUUUUCAUUUCCAGUGUUCAACACGUUUUAAGGAAAUGGACAAAACGGUCAACGUAAGAAGUCCUUUCCAUUAUUGAUUAUAAGGCCACCAAAGAAACUUAACCCCAGAUGAGGUAAAGUGGCUAACACAACCACUCGGUACAGUUUUUAACAGUUUCACACUAACAGUGGCAAAGUGGUUUAAAAAACAAAACCUGCACUUAUUACAGAUUAUAACAGUUUUAGACUAACAGACGUGUGUAAAAACCCCAUACCUAAGAAGGAACUGUCCUAUUUUUGAUCAUUUUUGUCAAUUUCGAAAGGUAGCCUUUGUUACACAGACCCCAAUGAGAAAAUAUAUUGAGGCCUAUAAGCCUUUGCAUUUAUUAUGAGGCUUAAAAUGCAAUAUCCUAUAAUUUUCCCUAUUAUUAACUGAAAUUGAUAUUCUUUCUUUCUUUCUGUCUCGGUCAAUUCCAGGUUUAGUAAUGACGAAUGUGACAAGAUAAAAACCGGGUAAAAUAAUAAAAUAAAAAAAACAGGUGAUUAAUUUUGACCGAGUCAAAAGUGGAAUGAGGACAAGGGCCCCACCCCCUUCGCGGUCCCUCAGCAUAAGCAUUCCUUGGGUCAAGAUAGGGGAUAAAUGGUUUUCUUAAACGUGGCAUUGCCUCCUUUAGGUGGUGAUCAGUUCUUAUAAAAGGUUGUUAACAAAUUACUUUCUUGCAGGCUACAUACCUCCCUUCCUUGGCAGAAACAUCAAAGUUAUGGAUUGGUUACCUCAGAAUGAUCUACUGGCUCACAAAGACAUCAAGGCGUUUUUCUCGCACGUGGGUCACAACAGUCUGUAUGAAUCUGCAUAUCAUGGAGUUCCCUUGGUCUGUUUCCCUCUGUUUGCAGAGCAGUAUGAAAAUGCUAAAAAGGUGGAAAAUUUUGACCUUGGAUUAACAGUGUACCAUGACCGUACUAAUGCUCAGGAAUUGUCUACAACGAUAGAGAUGGUUAUCAGUGAACCAAGGUAUUGAUAGUUCAUGUUUUCUCUUGUUUCUGAUCAUUAAACCAUUGCCCUUUUUUAGAUGGCUCUAUUGGAUUGUUCGGAGACCUAUACAGAAAUGUGCUGAAUACUGUGCUAUUCAAAAAUGGGUUUAAAACGCAGAUAUAAGGGAUAUUUUUGUGUACCUUGCACAAUUGAUUGAAGUUUCCGUUGAACGUAACUAACGUUUUCGAAAAAACGUUUCCAAACCAAGAAGUUAACGUCAUUGAGUGAAGUCUGUACGCUUGUUUUCUAUUGUUUGUUAUUCAUAUUUUUCCCGCCACAACAACAAAAAGACCUUGCGUUUGCAAAUCCACACCUCUAUUAAGUCUUGCUAAAACAAAUUCUCGCAAUAAUCUCUCAAUAUUUCGGACCAAAACAGAGAACUGACUGCAUGAUGUCGAGUUUAAGCACUGAAGAAAUUUAGGUUUCUGAAAAAAAAAUUUUGCGAUGUUUUUCAGGCGCUAUAUUGCUAAUUAAUUGGUCGUGAAUCUUUUAGUGUUGUUUUUCAGAAGGGCAGGCUUUAUAGGUUAAGGUGCCGUUUAGACGGUUCCGUUUUUGAACGCCAAACAGUACUGCAAUCUGUAACAGAAUUUGCAUGGUUUCGUGUAAACGGGUUGCAAAGGUUAAAAAUUUGUCCGUUCAAAAAAUUCUCUGGAUCCUUGUCAACGGAGUGUAAAUGGCACAGAGCUGUAGUUGAAUUAUCGGUGCCCGUUUUUUUUUAAUUCUAACUAACUGCUAAGCGUAUAAAGUUUAUAACAAGAGGAAUUGUGAAGCUGCACGCAUUUUAGGCGUCCUACACUGAUGAACGAUUAUUACAUUUACAUUAUUCUUUAGCAACAAUUACUUACAGUCUCUUCCCUUCGAAUUGCCAAGUUGAUGUCCAGUUCCCAAAAAGUUCCAUACCCAAACUCUCAUUAAUCAGCUUGAGAUUAAUGCAGUCGACAGUUCGAAGUGGCGCAUAAGAAUUGCUCGUUCCAAAGUCUUUUCGUUAAAUUUGAAAGAUGCAAAUUGUACAUGUCUGUGUCAUUUUAAAUUUGCUCCUUUUAAUUUUAUCAGAGCGCAAUCUAAUGAAUCCUUCACUCAUGAUAUUUGAAAGUAAUGUUUCAAUUUACUUCAUAUGAAACAUUGUCAUGAAGGGAAGCUCUAAAACGUAGCUUUAUCGAUUUAGGGAUUGAAAUGAAUUUCAAGUGGCUCUUUGCGUUUCAGAUUCAAACAAACUGCAAUGCGUAUAUCCAGCCUGUUAAAAGACCGUCGACGCACUCCUCUACAAGAGGCCUGUGACUGGAUAGAUUAUGUACUGAGGCAUGGAGGAGCCAAGCAUCUUAGACCUCAAGUGUUCAACAUUCCUUGGUACCAGUACUAUUUACUUGAUGUCAUUGCUUUCCUUGUUGCCUUGGUUACUGUGAUUGUAGUGGCGAUAUGGUUGACAUGUAGAUGCCUCUGCCGUUUGUGCUGCAAGAGCAAAGGAAUGAAACCGAAGAGGGAGUGAAAAAAAUCCAUUCCCAAAAAUCUAAACGAACAUGCGCAAUGGAAAAUAACACUUAGAAAAUAUCAAGGCAUUUUACAUACAGGGAAAACACAGACAACUAAAAUAAAAUCGAAGACAAAUAUCCUUGAUUGAUUCGAUCAUAUCCACCUGUAUAUUCAUACCACUGUAUAAGCACUGUUGUUCCUUUAAAUUAAAC